AUGUGGCGAAUCGGAGACUACAGUGUUCGCCUGGGGCGCCUGGCCGGGACCAGCAACCAGGGGCUCGAGGCAACCGCCCUCGGCAGCACGGCUGGUGAGACGGACCAGCACAAGCAUGCCGUUGCCAUUGGAAACAGCGCGGGCAAUGCAAACCAGGGUAUCCAGGCCGCGGCCCUGGGGUACAGUGCCGCGCACGACAGCCAGGGCGACGGCGCCGUGGCAAUUGGGCGGCAGUCCGCGUAUGCGAACCAAGGUACGGAGGGCGUUGCCAUUGGGUCUAGCGCCGCAUACACGGCCCAGGGCUCGGACGGGAUCGCAAUCGGCACCAGUGCCGGCAGCAACACACAGGGCACUUACGCCAUUGCGCUCGGGCGCGAGGCCGGCAUGGUGACCCAGGCCACCGGCGGCAUUGCGCUUGGUCGGCGGGCCGGCUAUACCAGACAGGGCUACGGUGGCAUUGGCAUGGGCAGCUCGGCGGGCAACAUGAACCAGGGCGAGUACGGCAUAGCCAUCGGCGACAACGCCGCCGCCUCGAUGCAGGGCAUCUACAGUGUGGCCGUUGGCACCGUCGCCGGGCGCACGAACCAGGGCCAGAGCGCCGUUGCGCUGGGCCGAGGUGCGGCCGAGACGACGCAGGGCGACCUCGCGACGGCUGUGGGCGCGUUCGCGGGCCAGUCGCAGCAGGGCGGCUCCGCUGUCGCUAUUGGCAGCUCGGCCGGCCAGUCGCAGCAGGGCGGCUCCGCCGUGGCUAUUGGACGGGAUGCCGGUAAGACCGACCAGGGGGCCAAUGCGGUGGCUAUCGGCACCGCCGCCGGCGAGACGAGCCAGGCCGCGAGGAGUAUCGUUGUCAACGCCAGUGGCGCCCCGCUGAACGCACCCGAUCAGGGGUUCUACGUGUCGCCGAUUCGCGCGACCGGAGCCACCCAAAACACGCUCUACUAUGACGCGACUACAAAGGAGAUCGUGUACGGUGCCACUAUCACGUUACCGGAAAGCGGCCCCGACGUGGAGUUUGGGACCUGCGUAUCGGACUACUUGAGGUGGGACGGCACUGCGUGGGUAGCGGGCGGCUCCAGUGUGGCCAUAGCCUGCGGAGCGGGCGGCUCCAACCAAGGUGGAAGCGCCGUGGCCGUCGGACAGAGCGCCGGGGCGACCGCGCAGGGGUCCGGGGCCGUGGCGCUGGGCCGGGAGGCCGGGCAGACCACCCAGGGGUACAGCGCCGUUGCGCUGGGCCGGGAGGCCGGUCGGAUGUUGCAAGGGAUGAACGCCGUGGCACUGGGUGCAGGAGCUGGGGCAAAGUCGCAGGGGGCGGACUCGGUGGCCAUCGGAGGCCUCGCGGGCGCCUCAGACCAGGCUGCGGGAAGCAUCAUUAUCAAUGCGAGCGGCAAGGCUCUGAACGCUGCCUCGAAAGGACUGUACAUGGACCCUGUGCGGUACGACAACACCGGGACCAGUGUACUGUACUACAACCCUGUGCUCAAGGAGAUUGUGUAUGGCAACCGGGGCCCAGAUAUCGGGAGCGGGACGUGUGUGUCAGACUACUUGCGCUGGAACGGCACAAGCUGGGUGGCGGGCGGAAGCAGGGUGGCGCUCGCGUGCGGCGCUGGCGCUAUGGGCCAGGGCGAUGGUGCCGUAGCCGUCGGACAGGACGCGGGCGCCGCUGGCCAGGGGUCUGGUGGGGUCGCGCUGGGCAUGGGUGCCGGUAAGACGAACCAGGGCUACAACGCAGUGGCGAUCGGCAGCGCGGCCGGACAGACGAACCAGGCAGCAAGGAGUAUCGUUGUCAACGCGAGCGGGGUCCCGCUCAACGCACCGGGGAGAGGGCUGUACGUGGACCCCAUCCGCAAUGCCGGUGCGACGGCAAACACGCUGUACUACGACCCCGACCUCAAGGAGAUUGUGUAUGGCGACAGUGGUCCAGACGUUGAAUCUGGGACCUGUGUGUCGGACUACCUGCGCUGGAACGGCACCGCGUGGGUGUCGGGCGGCUCCAGGGUGGCGCUCGCGUGUGGGGCUGGGGCCGCAAACCAGGGCGAUGGCGCCGUGGCCGUCGGACAGGACGCCGGGGCCACGGGCCAGGGUGACGAGAGCAUAGCCAUCGGGACCAGCGCUGGCCACAACACACAGAAAAGGUAUGCCAUAGCCGUCGGCCACGAAGCCGGGAUGGAAAACCAGGCCAUCAACGGCAUUGCGAUUGGACAGCGGGCGGGCCACACGAACCAGGAAUAUGGAAGUAUAGGAAUAGGCUACUUGGCUGGCAACACAGACCAAGGCGGAUACGCGGUAGCCAUCGGCGAGGACGCCGCAGCAUCUGCACAGGGCGACUACAGCGUCGCCAUUGGCAACCGCGCAUGUACUACCAGUCAGGGUGCUGAUUCAGUUGGCGUGGGGCGCAGUGUCGCCAUGACGGCCCAGGGCGAUCUCGCCACUGCGGUGGGUGCAUAUGCCGGACAGGACACACAAGGCGAUUCUGCAGUUGCCGUGGGCGGCCAGGCCGGACAGUCUAAGCAAGGAGCCUCAUCUGUAGCCGUCGGUUAUGGUGCUGGCAACAAAGACCAGGGAGCCUCAUCUGUGGCCGUCGGUAUGGGCGCCGGAAGGACCAGUCAAGGUGCCAACGCGGUAGCUAUCGGCAACUCGGCCGGCGAUCUGAAUCAGACGGCCGGCAGUAUCGUUAUCAAUGCCAGCGGGGCUCCGCUCAACGCGCCCGAGGCGGGACUGUACGUGGACCCCAUCCGAAAUGCGGAUGCCACACCGAACGUGCUGUACUACGAUCCUGUACUCAAGGAGAUUGUGUACGGCGAAGCUGAAGCCCCCAUUACCGAUGGCGGGUGUGUGUCCGACUACCUGCGAUGGGACGGAACAGACUGGGUGCGUGGGGCGGACAAGGUAGCCAUUGGCUGCGGCUCGGGGGCCAUGGACCAGGGUGUGGACUCGGUGGCCAUUGGCAAAAACGCUGGUACAUCAGGACAGGGUUCAUCCUCUGUUGCAAUGGGACCGGGCGCCGGCGCAACAAAUCAGGGGACUGGUUCGGUGGCAAUUGGUUGGAAUGCUGGUACAACGGACCAGUCAUCUGGAACUUAUAAACCCUGGGUAGCCGGUACUGGUAGUGUAGCGAUUGGACAAGAUGCUGCGGAGACCGCACAGGGUAAGAGCGCCGUAGCCAUCGGUCCUUUGGCGGGGAACACCAAUCAGGGUGGGGCGUGUAUUGCAAUAGGAGAGAACGCCGGGACUGUAAACCAGGGUACUUGGUCAGUAUCUGUUGGAUCGGCCUGUGGUGCGGAUGAACAGGGUAUUUACUGUGUUGCUGUCGGGAUAGAGGCCGGACGACGAUCUCAGGGUCCUGAAUCAGUUGGAGUUGGUUACUUCGCUGGAGAGAACAAUCAGGGUACCCAGUGCGUAUCCAUAGGAAGCCGCGCCGCAGCAGUUGAUCAGGGUGACUUCUCUAUUGCACUGGGGGGCUACAGUGGCUUCGAACGCCAGGGGGCAGGAUGCAUUGCAAUCGGGAUGCGUGCGGGAGUGUAUGAUCAGCAUGCGCGCACAACGGUUCUGCAUGCCAACGACACGGACGCAGACGCGAAUAUUCUAAACACCACACAAACAGACUCGUUCUUCGUCUCCAGCAUCCGCAACGCCGCGGGCCCACACACGCUGACCUACAACCCCGCCACCAAGGAGAUUUCGUACUCCACGUCCAACUCGGAAACCAAGGAAAACAUUGUGCCGAUCGACAACUCGUUUAUUCUAGCGCUCGAGAACCUCCCCGUCUACCAGUUUAACUACAAGAACAAGAACAAGUACCUUGUGGACUCGGAGCAGCCGGCGGCGGUAAGCUUUGCAGAUUGGGCGGCAGAGCACGAUGAGACGGACGACGACGACAAGGGCGCGUACGAGGCGUACCUUGAGGAGCAGGCGUCAACCCAUGUCCCCCCGGUGCCAGUCGAAAAGGAGGAAACGCACUUUGGCAUGAUGGCCGACGAAGUGCAGGCGCUCGCCCCCGAGCUCGUGUACGAUGACCUGGACGGCAAGGCGCACGACAUUAAAUGGAACAGCAUCAUUUCGCUGCUAGUACUGCAGUGUCAGCUGCAGGAGAGGCGGAUCGACGAGCUGGAGUACGAGUCGCAGCUGCAGCGGGCGCGCAUCGAUGAUUUGGAAUAUAGGUUAUCCUACGAAGAUUAA